AUGGCGCGCAGUAACACUCUUGCUUUCGUCGUUGCCUGCCUGCUGGGCGCGCCUCAGCUUGCCAGCUCCCACACCUGGGUUGAGCAGCUCAACCGCGUCGCUGCCAAUGGCACUCUUGUCGGCCCUGCUGGCUUUUCCAACGGCUGGCACGGUCGUGAUGCCUCCUUCAACGACGAGGCCUUCACCAACCGCAUCCCCAACGAGGGCUUCAACCUUUGCAAGCAGAACCUUCAGGGCACCCAGAACGCUCAGUUCCCUCACCUGACCGCUGCUCCCGGCGACUAUGUUUCCCUCCGCUACCAGGAGAACGGUCACGUCACCAAGCCUGAGAACCCCCCCAACAAGCCUCUGAACCGCGGUACUGUCUUCGUCUAUGGCACCACUAACCCCCGAGCCAACGACACCCUCUUCGACGUUCAUCGCCAGUGGACUGCUGAUGGCAAGGGUGGUGAUGCCCGUGGCAAGCUCUUGGCUACCCGCAACUACGACGAUGGCCAGUGCUACCAGGUCAACGGCGAGUCCAUCUCCACCGACCGCCAGUCGAAGUUCCCCCACGCAGCUGCCCAGCCCAUGGGAGCCGAUAUCUGGUGCCAGUCGGCUGUCCAGCUCCCUGAGGAUGUUGCCCAGAACUCCGAGUACACUCUCUACUGGGUCUGGUCCUGGCCUACUCUGAAGGCCUCUGCCGUCGCCAACUCCAAGAAUGGCCAGUUCGCCGACUUCCCCUCCGGCUUCAAGGGCGACAAGCGUGCCGUCACCUCUGAUGAUGUCACGACCGCUGAGAUCUACUCCAGCUGCUCCACCAUCAAGGUCCAGGGAGAGGCCCUCGUCAAGAGCGCCAACGCUGCCUCUGCCUCUACCUCCAACAAGCAGCAAGCUAACGCGCUGGCCGCCUUCAACUUCCCUGAGAAGCCCAACUACAACGCCAUCGCCGUCAAGGACCAGAUCCAGAACCAGUUCCAGGUUGACGUCAAGGGCGACGAUACCCCCAGCAACUCGACCAUUCCCGGUAACGGCUCUGAGAAGGUUGUCUCUUCCUCUGCCCCGACCACUCCCACGCCCACUGGCGACAAGGUCCGCACCGUCACCGUCACGGCCGCUCCUGUGACUCUGUACUCGAUGCUCACCGUCACCAUCGCUCCUCAGGCGACCCCGACUCCUUCGCAGAACCCUGCCAACCCUGCCAAGUUCGUCGACGGCGCUGCUCCCGCUUCGGUCAGCCCUACUCCCUUCCUGAAGGGUCGCCACGUCCGCGGCAAGGACUCCUGGAACUUCAACCCUCGCAUCUAA